AACAAGCCGAAGUGCAGAACGCCGGGACCGCACCCUCCGGUGAAAGAAAGCUUCACUCGCCGGCGGUGCCAAUCGAGGUGCUGCCAGUCUCCCACGACCACCGGAAACGGUUAUCGCCGGAAUUCAUUUCAACAGGGAUGGAUUAUUUUUCCUGUAGUAAAAUAGUGCUUUUAUCAUCUCCUAGAAUGGGGCCGUUUAUGGUUUCGUACCAUUCAAGAUCCGAAUUUCUGAAACAUAAACUCUAUGGUGGACUUAAUUUUCUUGGUUCUUUGGAAUUGGAGCAUAGUAGCAGUCAACUCAAACUUCAAUCAAAGGCUAGAGUUCUGUCAAGGAAGUUGCAUCGAUCACAUGCCUUGGUUGUUAAGAGUGAAUAUCCUCAAAAUGCAGAUUUUCCUCGAUACUAUUCAAAGAAGGAGAAGAAGCCCUUCCCUGUACCUGUAGUGGAGCUAAGGCGAGCUGCCAGAGAGAGGGUCAAGAAUAGUAAAGGUCAACCUAAAAAACCACUUCCACCCCCAAAGAAUGGCUUGGUUGUUAAAAGCCUGGUGCCUGUUGCCUAUGAUGUAUUUAAUGCAAGGGUUACAUUAAUUAAUAAUCUGAAGAAGCUGUUGAAAGUGGUGAAGGUUCAUGCUUGCAGUUAUUGCAAUGAAAUUCAUGUUGGGCCUGUUGGACAUCCAUUCAAAUCAUGCAGGGGCCAAAAUGCUUCUUUCCGCAAGGGCCAUCAUGAAUGGACAGAUGAUGCAGUCAUUGAAGACGUACUCCUUGCAGUUGAUGCCUACCAUCUCUAUGAUCGUCUUCAAAAGCGUAUUCGUCAUGAUGAGAGAUUCUCAAUUCCUCGAAUUCCAGCUGUCGUGGAGUUAUGCAUUCAAUCUGGUGUUGAUAUUCCUGAAUUUCCCACAAAGAGGAGAAGGAAGCCCAUUAUUCGUAUUGGUAAAAGGGAAUUCAUUGAUGCAGAUGAAAGUGAACUUCCAGACCCUGUCCCAGAACCUCCCCCUAAACCGUUAUUGACUGAGAUACCUGAUUCAGAAAUUACUGCCCCUGGUAAUGAAGGGGAAACAACCCUACUGGCUGAGGAAACACUCGAAGCAUGGGAGAAGAUGAGGAGAGGAGCCAAGAAGUUAAUGAGGAUGUAUCCUGUGAGGGUUUGUGGAUAUUGUCCAGAGGUGCAUGUGGGUGCUUCUGGGCAUAAAGCGCAGAACUGUGGAGCUCACAAGCACCAACAACGAAAUGGGCAACAUGGUUGGCAGGCAGCAGUGCUUGAUGAUUUGAUACCUCCAAGAUAUGUCUGGCAUGUACCUGAUGGGAAUGGACCACCACUGCAACGGGAGCUGAAGAACUUUUAUGGGCAAGCCCCAGCCAUUGUAGAAAUCUGUGUGCAGGCUGGAGCCACAGUGCCAGAUCAAUAUAAACCAACCAUGAGAUUAGAUAUUGGGAUCCCAAACAACACUACAGAAGCUGAAAUGGUUGUAUGAUGUUUUUACUCCCUUGUGCUGCCCUGCAUGGGUUCUCACUUUGUAAGUUGUAAAAAUUGAAUUUGACAUUCAAGCACAUAAAAAUGCGUAAGUUUU